AUGUCUGCUAAUACUGUACAUGUCGAAAACAUUUCCCUACAGACUAGCGAGAAGGAAGUUAAGGACUUCUUCAGCUUCUGUGGAAAGAUCACAAGCCUCGAACUUGGAUCUGUCGGAGAGACACAAAAGGCCACCGUUCAGUUCGAGAAGGAAACCGCCGCCAAGACAGCUCUUUUGCUCGACAACACCCAGCUUGGCUCUACUCAAGUCAAGGUUAGAAGCUCGUCUGGCUUCAACGAAGACGAUGGAAACCAUUAUACUUCCAACGAACAGCGUGAUAGCGACGAAAUAACCCAGGAGGAGAAGCCAAGAAGCCGUAUCAUCGCAGAAUACCUUGCCCAUGGUUACGCUAUCGGAGACACCGCUGCUCAACGAGCUAUCGACCUUGAUCAGAAGCAUGGAGUCUCUAGCCGCUUCCUCAACACCUUGAACAACCUCAAUAGCAAGUAUCAUGCCACUGAAAAGGCCAAGGCCGCUGAUGAAUCUUAUGGUGUCACACAAAAGGCCAACUCUCUCCUUUCUGGUUUGACAUCCUAUUAUGAAAAGGCUGCUGGAACCCCAACUGGUCAAAAGCUUGUGAACUUUUAUACACAAACUUCCCGCCAAGUUCAGGACAUUCAUACCGAGGCUCGCCGCUUGGCAGAUAUUAAGAAACAAGAAGGCCCCCAAAAGGUCCCUGGUACCGAGAAGACAACUUGUAAGUGUGGUUCAGUUUCUGGAGAAUGCCCAUGUGCCCCUGGAGCUUGUGCCUGUAGCGAUUGUGGCAAAUCCGAUGUCAAGAAGGUCCCAGGUACCGAUAAAACAACCUGCGGUUGCGGCGGUAAUACCUCGAAGUGCGGCUGUGCUCCUGGUCAAUGCAGCUGCAACUCCUGCCCCAAGGCUGAGACGGAGAAGGUCCCUGGUAGCGAGAAGACAACUUGCAAGUGUGGUGGAAACAGCAAAGACUGUCCCUGCGCGGAAGGCCAAUGUGCUUGCACUGGAUGUUGUAAAUAG